GCACAAAUGAAUAUAAGAAAGACUACUGGGCUAGUCUUACGCAAUCCAAAAGCUUGAAGUUUCUGUGCCAUGCCACAUUAUGGCCUUCAGAAAACAAAACCUUCUCCUCUUCAUCAUCUUCUUCCCUCUCCUAAACGCCUCACACCCAAAUCCUUGCUACACUUCUACUUGUGGAAGUGGGAACAUAGACAUCCGUUUCCCUUUCUGGCUAUCUCCCAAGCAACCUGAGUCCUGUGGUCACACAGGAUUCAAACUCUUAUGCACUGACCGCAACAAAACAAUCUUGGAGCUUCCUAAAUUCAAACCAUUUAUAGUCCGAGAGAUCGAUUAUGGAAGGCAGAAAAUUCGACUCAGUGACCCUGAUAGAUGCUUGGCCAGACGACUCCUCAGCUUCGACGCUUCGGGGUCUCCUUUUUCUAUGUUUCUUCCUCGUAGCUACACGGUUUUUACCUGUCCUAAGGACAAGAAUGUUGCACCAUCUUUCAGAUCAAUCCAUUGCCUUGGUAACUCCACUUCCUCCUUCUUUGUCACGGAGUCGGAACAGGUCAGUUUGAUGCCGUCUUCUUGUCAUAUCUUCAAGACAGUACGUCUUCCGUUUUCAUUCCAUGGUGACAUCAACUAUCAAGACCUGUGGCUCAAAUGGAACUCGCCGGAUUGCAGAUAUUGCGAGAGGACUAAUUCGAGAUGUGGAUUUGUAAACAAUACCAUCCUCCAAGUCCAUUGCUUCGGUUCUAUAUAUUCAGGACUUCACACCACAAGCUUACAUGUAAUAAAAAUAAUCAGCCUCUCUCUAGUGGGACCAAUUAUCGCCUUGACCUUCUGCGUCGGUCUUGUCAUGUUCAGCUCCGAGAGAGUAUCUCCUCAGAUACAACACGCAAUGGCUGCCCGGGUUUCCAGAUCCGUAACACCAGUGCCAGAAAGCGACCAAGUCAUCACGAGGACGGGUCUCGAUGAGUCUACGAUUGAGUCAUAUAAGAAAGUUGAGUUAGGUGAGAGUGGGAGACUCCCGACCGGGUCAAAUGAUGUUGUAUGUUCCAUUUGUUUGUCGGAAUACGCAACCAGAGAGACCGUUAGGUGCUUACCUGAAUGUGAACAUUGUUUCCAUGCUGAAUGCAUCGAUGCGUGGCUUAAGUUGCAUAGUUCGUGUCCGGUUUGUCGGAGAAAUCUCCCUCGCAUACGUGAAGGAUGCAACUAA